ACCAGUUCUUCGAGUUGUUUUCAAGUAAUUUUGAGGAUUUAAUACUUUUAAGAAGAUUCUUUUUCUGGAGUAUAUAAACAGAACUUUAGAACAGCAGAAGUAAAAAUAAAUACUGUCCAACAUCAACCAAAAAAAUGUCUAAGCAGAAGCCUAGUUCUAAUGCUGAGUGUGUUAAAGUAGUGGUGAGAUGCAGGCCUUUGGAUGAAAAGGAAAUUAGGGAUGGCCAUGAACGAAUUGUGGACAUGGAUGUUAGCAAAGGAUCAAUUGUUAUCCAUAAUCCAAAAGGGCCUAAUUCGGAACCUCCCAGAACCUUCACUUUUGAUGCUGUUUAUGAUUGGAAUUCUAAACAGAGAGAUUUAUAUGAUGAGACAUUCCGAGACCUGGUACAGUCUGUGAUUGAGGGGUUUAAUGGGACAAUCUUUGCCUAUGGACAAACAGGCACAGGCAAAACAUUCACAAUGCAAGGUCCAAAGAAUGACCCUGAGUUACGAGGUGUUAUACCAAAUUCUUUUGAACAUAUUUUUCAACACAUUGCCAGGACUCAAAAUCAACAAUACUUGAUCCGAGCUUCAUAUCUGGAGAUUUAUCAGGAAGAGAUAAGAGACUUGUUAGCCAAAGAUCACAAGAAACGGUUGGAGCUUAAAGAGCGUCCUGAUACAGGAGUAUAUGUAAAGGAUCUCUCUUCAUUUGUUACAAAAAGUGUGAAGGAAAUAGAACAUGUGAUGAAUGUGGGGAACCAGAAUAGAGCUGUGGGAGCCACAGACAUGAAUGAACACAGCUCCAGAUCUCAUGCUAUUUUCAUCAUCACAAUAGAGUGCAGCACGGAGGAUGAAGAAGGAGAGAAUCACAUUCGUGUUGGGAGGCUGAACCUAGUAGAUCUGGCAGGAAGUGAAAGACAGUCAAAGACGGGAGCCACUGGUACAAGACUUAAAGAAGCUACCAAGAUUAAUCUUUCCCUCUCAGCUUUGUGCAAUGUUAUUUCUGCACUGGUGGAUGGUAAAAGUACACACAUUCCUUACAGAGAUGCCAAACUGACUCGGCUCCUACAGGAUUCCUUGGGAGGCAAUGCCAAAACUGUGAUGGUGGCUAACAUUGGUCCUGCUAGUUAUAACUAUGAUGAAUCACUCAGUACAUUAAGGUAUGCAAAUCGAGCAAAGGCCAUCAAGAACAAACCAAAGAUCAAUGAAGAUCCAAAAGAUGCCCUGCUUAGGGAGUUUCAGGAGGAAAUUGCAAGGUUGAAGGCUAAUUUGCAGAAGAAGGGAGGACCAAGAAAAGGGAAGCGUGGUAAAAAGAAGAGGAGACACAGAGAGACUGCUGAUGGGGAGAUAAUCAGUGAGUCUGAGUCUGAAUCAGGGGAUGAGGAGGAGGGAGAUGAAGGAGAUGAGGAAGCUUACAUGAAGGAGCAGCAAGAGAAGUUGGAGAAACAGAAGGAGGCCAUCCUCAGUAACCAGUCCAUGUUACAGGAGGAAAAAGAUCGUUUAAUUGAAGAAGUCCAUGAUAGAGAAGAAAAGCUGAAUUCUGAGAAGCAAGCCAGAGAUGCUUUGGCCACUAAAAUAAAGGCCAUGGAGAGCAAACUUCUGAUGGGAGGAAAGAAUAUUGUGGACCACACAAAUGAACAGCAGAGGGCACUGGAACAGAGGCGGCGAGAAAUCUCUGACCAGAAGAAAAGGGAAAGAGAAAUUCAACAGAAAUUGGAGGAGAGAGAAGAAAAGGCAAUAGAAAUGGAGGAAGGAUUCCAGUCUCUACAACAGGAAGUGGAAAUUAAAACCAAGAAAUUAAAGAAGCUGUUUGCUAAGUUACAAGCUACAAAACAAGAAAUAGCUGAUAUACAGGAAGAGCAUUCCAAAGAAAGACAGGAGCUUGAACAGACUCAGAUGGAGCUGACAAGGGACCUCAAACUCAAGAUGCUGAUCAUUGAGAACUUUAUUCCUCCUGAGGAGAAGAUAAAGCUACAGAACCGAGCUCGCUACAAUGAAGAUGAGGACCAGUGGGAACUAAUUCCUUUAGCCAACAAAAGUGCACAGACCAUGGCCAAACGCCCUGUAUCUGCCCUGGGUAAUAAACGACCAGUGUCAGAGUACGCCAGAGUGGCCGGGGCAAUGGGAGGACACCCAAGGUUUAAGGGAGAGAACAUUAUUCUGAUUGAUCUGGACAUGCCAAACCGCACGACAAGAGAUUACGACGGACCACAGGUGGCUCCAAAGAUUCAGGCAGCGCUCGAUGCGGCUCUGAUGGAUGAGGAGGACAUUGAUAUUGAAGGAGGAACUCCAUCUGUGUUUAGUAAUAAGAAGUCCAAAAAGAAAGAAUCUAGGAUUGCAAAGUUAAAACAGACCAAGAAGGACCAGAGCCAGAUUUUCCCAACAGCCCGAGGCCUGGUAUCCAAGUGACCCCUCACACUUUAACUAGAUCUACCUCGUCUUUCUCUUCAACUCAUGCAAACUGUCUCUGCUGGUGAUUAUAAAACAACAAUCCAUAGGAGCAAAGAUUGGAGGGCAUUUCACUUAGCAACACCUGAACAUGUUUAUUUGUAAAUUAAAACAAAUGGUUCAUAGUUUUAUUUAAGGCCUAUUGAUGUCUGUGUUAGUCUGUAGCUUGAUGGCAGCACCGUCUGUGAUAAUGUACAGCAUCUUACUUAUUGUCUUUGUAGAAGCUAUUGAUUUGUCAGUGCUACCAAAAUCUAGUGUUGAAAUCCUUCAUUUUGAUGCAUAUCUGUCUUUCUCUGUAAAAGUACAUACAUGUAAAUGUAUCAGUUAUUUAACAAAUGUUUUAAUUUAUACAUAUAUGUCACUAUUGAAUUAAUAUCCAAUUUUACAAGUACUUUUUUCUAUUUACAAUGUAUUUAUCAGUAUUUCUGUCAUAGAUUCUGGUAAUGAUGCCGUCCAACACUUUUAUGUUUUAGUUUAUUUGUAUUGUAUACAUUUUUGUUUUUUGUUUUUGUAAUUUUAUUAUAGUGUAUAUGCUAUGUUUAACCUCCAUCAACCCUUGGUUUAAUGAUUUGUAAUGGAGGUACCUGCGUAAUGUACAUGUCCUUGAUAACAAUAGCUUGAAGAAGGAUAAACUGUGGAUGACAAAGCUCUAGAGUAUCACAUUCUAAGAUGACACUGGUAGGAUGAAAAACUGUGGAUGACAAAGCUCUCAAGUAUCACAUUCUAAUAUUACACUGGUAGGAUGAUAAACUUUGGAUGACAAAGUUCUCAAGUAUCACAUUCUAAGAUUACACUGGUAGGAUGAUAAACUGUGGAUGACAGAGCUCUAGAGUACCACAUUCUAAUAUUACACUGGUAGGAUGAUAAACUGUGGAUGACAAAGCUCUAGAGUAUUACAUUCUAAGAUUACACUGGUAGGAUGAUAAACUGUGGAUGACAAAGUUCUAGAGGAUCACAUUCUAAGAUUACACUGGUAGGAUGAUAAACUGUGGAUGACAAAGCUCUCAAGUACCACAUUCUAAGAUUACAUUGGUAGGAUGAUAAACUGUGGAUGACAAAGCUCUAGAGUAUUACAUUCUAAGAUUACACUGGUAGGAUGAUAAACUGUGGAUGACAAAGCUCUCAAGUACCACAUUCUAAGAUAACAUUGGUAGGAUGAUAAACUGUGGAUGACAAAGCUCUAGAGUACCACAUUCUAAGAUUACACUGGUAGGAUGAUAAACUGUGGAUGACAAAGCUCUAGAGUACCACAUUCUAAGAUUACACUGGUAGGAUGAUAAACUGUGGAUGACAAAGCUUUAGAGUAUUACAUUCUAAGAUUACACUGGUAUUUCAUUCUGAACCAUGUUAGAGUUAGGUCUGCUCUUUAUUUGGAAACAUUAAGGAUGAGAAAUGGAGAAAUAUGUGAAAAUGAUUAUGUUUUUAUCUAUUUACUUUUUUAUUCAUUUUUUUUUUUUUUGCAAGGUUGUUUUCUGAUUUGGUUGCCUUUAAGUUCAUUUAUACAUGUUAUCUACAUGAUAUGUAAAUACUUCACAUAAUUUGUAACCAUUGAUAUGGGUUGUAUUCUAAAAGCUGCAGUCUGUAUGAAUACAUAGUCACACUCAGGUGAGGUUUUGUCACCAUGCCUCUUUCUUAUGUAAACAUAUGAGGAAGAUUUUGUGUGAAUAGUUUGUAUUUGAGAUGGAAAACUUGGACACUUUUCAUUAAGUGUAUUUGCUAUAUUAUGGAGUCAGAAUGAGACUGUUGUGCAAUCAAUGCAUUUUUAUAGAAUUCCUAUCUGUUGGCUUUAAACAUUGAUCUUUAUUGAUAGGCAAUGCUGGUUGUGACCAUUACUUAUUAAAUUCCAUGAGCAAGUUGAA